GACAUGUUUUCCACCAUUUCAGUUCCUUCUUUCAUCUAAAAAAUCUCUUUUUCCCCAUUUCUCUGUUUUCUUCUCCUUGAAAAACCUCUCCUUUAUUCCCGUAACCAAAAAAAAACUCCACUGUGUGCUUUGAUUCAUCACACUACACUAAUGGCGCCUGCCACAGACUAUCAAGGCUCGUUCCUGAGCCGAAUCAGCAUCCGCCGCAACCAGAUCGUCUCCAUGGACGUCAAUCACGAGCAAGAGCUCGAAGAACUCGAGUAUUUCCAGAAACACGUAGCCGAGCGUUUCUCCGAGUUAAUAUCUCCAUCGCCGUCUCCGCCUCCUUCCUCCUCCUCCUCCUUCUCCGAUGCCGGCGGCUCUCAGCCGUCUGAUCCAAUUCUCUCGAUCCCAUGGCUACAGAAUCUCCUCGAUGUUUUCAUGUCCUGCGAAACAGAGUUCAAAUCUGUCCUGACGACGACCCAGAUCUCCAAAUCGCCGUCUUUAGAGAGGGUUUUGUCGGAAAUGCUUGAUCGGAUCCUGAAAGCAUUGGAUAUCUGUAACGCCGUCGUUAACGGAAUUGAUUCCGUUAGACAGAGCCGACGUCUGGCGGAGAUAGCCGUCACGGCGCUUAAACAACGGCCGUUAUGCGACGGAAGCGUUCGCAGAGCCAAACGUGCUUUAACCAGCCUCCUCGCUGGCUUAAACGUCGACGGGAAAGACAGAAACAGCGGAAGUGGUGGCAGUGGUAACCACCGAAGGAUGACGUCACGGUCGUGGUCGUUUGGACAGCGCAGCAGCGUCACCGUAGGUGGCUCAUCUGGCCACGUCAGCAAGAAUUGGUCUGCGGCGAAGCAGAUUCAGGCGAUGGUGGCUAAUCUAGUGCUGCCACGUGGAGCAGAAGCCUCGGGACCGGCUAUGCCGGUAUACGUAAUCAGCAGUGUCAUGGUUCUGGUGAUGUGGGUGCUAGUCGCGGCGUUGCCUUGCCAGACAAGCAGCCUUCCUGUGGCGCCAUUGCCGCUUCCGAAACACCAGAGCUGGGCUAGCGCCGCCGUGAACAUCCAAGAGAGGAUUGGUGAAGAGAUGAAACGGAAGGAGAAGCGUUUUGGUGGUGGUUUUACAGGGGGUUUGAUGGAGGAGUUGCAGAGGAUGGAGAUGAUUGGAUUAUGGUUAAUGGAAUUUGCGGAGAGGUUUAGGUUUCCGGCAGAGGAAGAGGAGGAGGAGGAAGUUGCGGAGAAGGUGGGGGAGAUGGAGGAGAUUUGCCGGAGAAUGGAAGUUGGAUUGGAGGAUUUGCAGAGACUAGUGAGGCAAGUGUUUCACAGAUUGGUGAGAAGCAGGAUAGAGAUUGAUGCAAUACUUGAUCAACUUCAUGCCAUCUAAUUUGUAAAUCUUCAAUAACAAAAUCUUUUUCUCUUUUUUUUUCUCUGGGGUUUUUUUAGUUUGAAACACUACUCUUUGAAAAAUCUUGAUGUGUAUAAUCUACUGUGUAUAGAUACACACCAUGUUCGGUUUGUGGUA